GAUUGAUGUGACGUCAGAUGUCUGAAGUCGGAACUCUGAAGUCUAUGGCACGACGCUUCCGUAGUUUUACAUGUCAGUGGGUUGCAUUGGCAACGAUGUAAAGCAGAAUCAAAGUUAACCUAAUAUUUUCGAGAAUGUAACCUCUAUUUAUUUUGGCACUCUUUGAACUGACCGACCUCUUUAGACCAGCCUUUUGAAGUAAAAAUGGAUAACAUUUCAUCUCUAUCUGGAUCUCAAAAAGAUGAAUUGAUGGAUCAAGUUAAACAACAAAUAGCAGUAGCGAAUGCACAGGAACUUCUCACAAAAAUGACAGAAAAAUGUUUCAAAAAAUGUAUAUCAAAACCUGGUACAUCACUUGAUAGUUCGGAACAGAAAUGCGUAGCCAUGUGCAUGGACAGGUAUAUGGACUCAUGGAACUUAGUAUCAAGAGCUUAUAGCAUCCGAAUCCAAAAAGAGAGAAGUCACAUGUAAAUGUUC